AUGACGACUAGCACAAAGCCGAAAGUGUACAUUGUCGGCGUCGGAAUGACGAAAUUCUGCAAGCCCGGAUCCGUCAACUGGGACUAUCCGGAUAUGGUGAAAGAGGCGGUGAACACGGCGUUGGAGGAUGCAGGCAUGAAGUAUUCCGAUGUGCAGCAGGCCACCGUCGGAUAUCUUUUUGGAGGUAACCGGACAAUAGCGCAAAUGGAACCGCAUUGUGAAUACUGUCCGUAUCUCGGUUGUGGGUGGAGAUAUCAAAAAGUUAUCAACUGAUAAAAUGUACAGCAUUUUAUACUAAACAAUUGAUUAGUUGACAACUUUUAGAUAUCUCAACCGACAGCUGAGAUACAUCGCUUUGAAUGAACACUAUUUAGAUGUCGCUCUAUUAUAGGCUUGAGGUCUAGCUAUCCAACUAUCAUAGACGUUUUUUUUCAUAUUCAUACACAUCUCAGGAACUUGUUGCGGUCAGCGUGCCCUCUACCAGCUUGGACUCACCGGAAUCCCAAUUUUCAAUGUGAAUAAUGCGUGCGCGUCCGGCUCUUCGGGACUUUUCCUGGGAAAGCAAAUUAUUGAGAGUGGUAAGUCGAGGACACUUUGCAACUAGCCAAUUUCGCAACCCACAGGAAACGCCGACGUGGUCCUGUGCUCGGGAUUCGAGCGAAUGGCCGCCGGAUCGCUGGAGAACCUCUCGCAACCGAUCGACGAUCGUGCGAUCCCUGUCGACAAGCACGUCGAGGUCAUGUCGGAGACGUACGGCCUUGAGCCCGCGCCGAUCACUGCUCAAAUGUUCGGAAUGGCCGCCCGCGAGCACAUGGAGAAGUACGGAUCGAAGCGGGAACACUUUGCGAAGAUCGCCUACAAGAACCACCUGCACUCGGUGCACAAUCCAAAGUCCCAGUUCACCAAGGAAUUCAGUCUGGAGCAGGUGCUCAACUCGCGCAAAAUCUACGACUUUAUGGGACUGCUCGAGUGCAGUCCGACGUCCGACGGAGCCGCCGCCGCCAUCCUCGUCUCCGAUCGCUUCCUGGAGAAGAACCCGCGGCUGAAGGCGCAGGCGGUCGAGAUUGUCGGUCUGAAACUCGGCACCGAUCAGCCGUCCGUGUUCAAGGAGCAGUCGAACAUCAAGAUGAUCGGCUUCGACAUGAUCCAAAAGAUCUCGAACGAUUUGUGGGCGGACACUCGGCUCACGCCGAACGACGUGCAAGUCAUCGAGCUGCACGACUGCUUCGCGCCCAACGAGCUCAUCACCUACGAGGCGAUCGGCCUGUGUCCAGUCGGUCAGGGACAUCACAUCGUCGACCGAAACGACAAUACGUACGGCGGCAAGUGGGUCAUCAAUCCGUCGGGCGGCCUCAUCUCGAAGGGCCAUCCGAUCGGUGCGACGGGAGUCGCGCAGGCCGUCGAGCUGUCGAAUCAGUUGCGCGGAAAGUGCGGAAAGCGACAGGUGCCCAACUGCAAAGUGGCCAUGCAGCACAACAUCGGCAUCGGAGGCGCCGGCGUCGUCGGAUUGUACCGUCUCGGGUUCCCGCAGCACGCGCACUCCAAAAUCUAA